GAAGUAUAGUCCUUUCUUCUUCUUUCUUUCGCUCUUCCUCCCGAAGUCCGAAGCCAAUCGAUUAUCCCAUCAGUGAGUGAUAAAGUUUCGAUCUUAAAAGAUUUGAAAGCGGUGGGAUCUUCCCUCCAGGACUCAAAACAUGCCCAGAUAGUGAUAUGACGAAUUUCCCGCGAAGAUUCGCCAUUGUACUCUUCUUCUUCAUCUCAAUCUCUUCGCAAUCCAGAAGCACACGUUCUUCCACUGCCCCGCAUCAGGGUCAUGAAGAAUCUGCUGUUGCAAGAACCCUAGAGGAGGAGAAAGGGCAUGCUCAUGAGGUGCAUUGUUCGAGAGAGCGGAGCAGGGCUGCGCGGAAAAUUAUCGAGCAGUACUUGAUCCCCUUUGUUGAGAAGGAAAAGCACCACAUUCCAAAGAAGUGCCCACUUCACCCUGAGAAUGACCUCUACCGUCUCCAAGAACAGAGCAAAGCCCGUGAAGAUAUCAACCUAUGGCGAUGUGGGUACUGCAAAAAGACAUUCUAUGAAGAGAAAAAUCUGGACAAUCAUCUAGAUGAGUGGCACUUUGACACCUUAGAUACGAGUCCCGGCAGGUGCUUGGCAGAUUCAUGUGGUGCAUUACACUGUGACCUCGUGAUGGAUUCACCACGCAAGACAAAGUGCAAUCCAGCAGCUGCAGCAAGGAAUAAGCAUGCUUGUGAGGUGGGCUUAUUUGUUGGUUACAUGACCGUAACCAUUUGUACAACAACUUCGCUGCUCGAUCUGUUCUUACGGCAAUUUUGUGAUGCCCACACUUGCAAGGGAGGCCGGAAGCCAUUCUCAAGAGGAGGCAAGGUAAUAUACCUUCUUGAGUACAUAUGAAAGAAGAGGAACGUGCUCUAUAUAGUUGCUUCAGUCCUGGUUUUAUUUCUGAUAUUUCUCUUCUACCUCUUCUUGUACUUGUAUGAAAGGGGCAUGAAAAGAGGCGGCCAAGGGCUGAAGCGGAUUACCAAAAGUGGACAGAAGAAACAAAGUUGAUUAACUGUUGCAGGUGUUUUCUUGCUGGCUUUCUUAUUUACCUUCUAAAGUGAUACUCAUUGAGAUAGUUCAAAUAUUGAGAAUAUUCAUUCUCUAUAUCUUCUGUAGUAGAUGUUUACAUACAUGCAUGUGAGGUUCUGAUUAUAAAUUUUUACAAAGACAAACUUAGAUCUCUCAGCUAUUGAACUCUCUCAAACUAUAUCAAUGUCGAUGACUUUGCGGCUGAUACUGGCUUUAGGAAUGGUGACAUACAGCACCCCAUCUUUCACUUCCGCCUUAAUUUUCUCGUACUCGAUAUUGUCUGGUAAAGCAAUUCUGAAACUGUACUUGCCAUAGCUCUUACUCGGCCAAUCUUCACCACUCUCAGCAGCCUCACCAUUUCCAUCCUUAUCCAGGACCUUUUCGCCCUUCAAAACCAGCAUAUUGUCUUCAGCCCACAGCUUGACAUCGUUCUUCGUCAUGCCAGGCAUGUCGAACCUCAAUCCAUACUCGUUUUCACCUUCCUGUAUUGCCCAAGGCGUCCUUCCCCUUCCAUACCCAUCUCCCUGAACCGGAGAAAUCGCAGUAGGCCACAAGCCACUGCUGUAGGAAAAGGGAUCAUCCAUGAUCCUGUUCAUUGUGUCUAUCAUCUGCUGCAUUGUCCUUGCUGCUGGAAACCCAUCCCACAGCCCUGCAGGUGCUGCAACCUGCUGACUUUUCUUUGGUUGGGGCUGUUGUUGAUUGCCAACUCUUUGCAAACUGUCAAGGUUGUCUCUGUUCUCGGCCAUAACUUUGACCGCAUUGCAAGCAGUUCCUCUGCCAUUGUUGUUGCCUGGCCAUGGAAGCUUGGGGAAGCAGAGUUUGUUGCUGAGUCUCUCGGUAGAAAAAGUGGAGAAUGGUGUGCAGAUGUGCAGUUGUGAAGCCAUUGUGUAAAGCUUGAAGUUUUUGAUUGUGCUGUGGUUUCUUCAGUUGAAUUCAAAUGUGUUGUUCCUAUAGAGCCUUAAGGAGAUGGUUAUAUAUAUAUAUAUUGAAAAUAGUAAGGAUCAACGAGACAUUUCUCGAACUUGGGUGGCUGGCCUGGCAAAUGGCCCUUUCUAGACUUCUCUUACUGUCUUGCCCUUUCUAGACUUCUCUUACCGUCUCCCCGCAGCGGCCCAUAUUUGUCCAGAAACGGGUCGAAACUUCAAGAGGCCCGCUUGAAUUCCAUAAAAAAAACAGGGAUAGAUGGUGCUCCGUCGCGUCAAUGGAUCAUGUGAUUAUUGGUUGAGCCUUACUACCAAU